UCUGAGGCUGUGACACACUACGUCGCUCCUCUCUCUUCUUCACACACCACAACAACCUCGUUUCUCCUCACGAGAUGAUGGACCUGAGGAUUUUACUCUUUUUCGUGACCGUGCCGUGGAUAUUUUGUGAACCGGCAAGAACCAGUAAAGUGGUGCCUAAACACAAAGGGAUAUUGAAAAUAGUAGAGGAUGAAGAAUUAAUCUCAGAGAGUAGAAUUGUCAUGGAAGCCAAGAAACCAAAGAAAAAGGUCAUUCUUAACACAGACUAUGAUAGUCCAGCUGAUACAGAUGAUGAAAGUCCAGGAGCAGGCCAUAAAGAUGACAAGGAACUUCCUACAUGCCUGAUGUGUGUGUGUCUAACUGGAUCGGUGUACUCUACACUUAGAAGAAUUGACCUGACUGGCAAUCUGAUCUCUGAAAUAGAAGAUGGAGCCUUUUCAAAACUCAACCAGCUUGAGGAACUAACACUAGCUGAGAACAAGCUGGUCAAACUGCCAACGCUGCCGGCUAAACUUGUGUCUCUCAAUGUCAACCACAAUGUCCUUAAAACAAAGGGAGUAAAAGCAAACAUUUUUAAGAAACUCACCAGGCUGGCAUACCUGUACCUUGGAGACAAUGGGCUGGAGGCCGUCCCGCCGCUGCCAGAAAGCCUGCGCGUGAUUCAUCUGCAUAACAACAACAUAACAUCACUGACAGAUGACACGUUCUGCAAAGGAAAUAACACUAACUACAUCAGGUACAACAUGCAGGAGGUUCGGCUCGAUGGAAACCCAAUAACGUUGGCCCAGCAUCCCAACAGCUUCAUCUGUCUGAGAGCUCUACCAAUUGAACACUACAAGUGAUCUGCUGAGAAGAAAAUGUUCCUUAAGCCACCGGCCAACUGGCAACCACUGUUUGGAUGUUGGACAGCACAUUCACAAAGAUUUAACAGCAUAAUAAAUGGUUUUGGACUUUUGAGGGCAUCAAGCAUUUAGACAUUAAGAUGCAUAUACAGACAAUAACUUUUUUACAAUGUAAUCAUUUUGUUAUAUUUUGCUAAUGGUUUUGCAACUAAAAAUGGCAAAAAAGACUGCAGUAAAUUCAUGAGGCAGAACGUCUAUAAACUUAAAAUGGGAAAAAGAUAUUCAGUGCAACAGAUAUUCACUGUUAUACUGACAUCCAGUGCUGGUAAAUAAAUUCAUUUUGACAUAUUUGCUGGACUUAAUCUUCAUAAACUCGUAUAUAAAUGCACAAAGUAGCCUAUGCAUUACAACUGACCA